UUGCAGAAUUACAAUCUGCAAUAAGCACGAAAACACCGGUUAUUGUGUAUUCAUUUAACGAGAGCUUGUGCUUAUAGGUUUAGUUACCUGUUUGCGAAAAGAGCCCGACGGUAAUUUGAUAAGAUGUUUCUUUAUUGAUGAUCAAAAUGCUAGUUUUGAUUUAUCACACCCUCUAUAUUCGGCUCAGCUUGCAUUGGGAUUGGCGUUCAACAUAUAUCGCAAUGGUUCUUGGGGCAGCUAUAGACAUUUGCAAUUGCUCAAAAGUGACAACCCAAUGGCCAGAUUGGAUCACAUAUAUAGAAACGUCAUUCAACGUGGUGACUUAUCGACUUUACAAUGGCUAAAAGGACCUUUUCAAGCUAAAAGCUGCUUGAUUAAAAUAUCAUAUUCUUCUCUAAAUUUUAGAGAUGUAAUGCUCGCAACUGGACGCUUAGCCGUUGAAUUAUAUGGAUCAAGUCGAAUAGAUCAAAACUGUAUUCUGGGCUUUGAAUAUUCCGGCAUUAACAUGGCAACUGGACGUCGGAUAAUGAGUAUGGUGGUUAAAGGUGGCGUAGCCUCCUAUGUGGAGAGGCCAUCAAAACUAAUUUGGGAUAUACCUGAUCACUGGUCAUUAGAAGAAGCAGCUACAGUGCCUGUGGUAUACAUAACUGUCUACUAUGCAUUCUUUAUGACAUGCGAUAUUCGAAAAGGGAAAAGCAUUCUCAUACAUGCUGGUACCGGGGGCAUUGGUCUGGCCGCUAUUCGUGUGGCAUUGGCCUAUAACCUAGAAGUUUUUACAACUUGCAGCUCUCUUCAAAAAAAGAAAUUUUUGUUAGAGACUUUUCCCCAACUUAAAGAAUCGAACAUUGGAAAUUCUCGGGAUACAUCAUUUGAGCUUAUGGUGCAGCGUGAGACAAAUGGAAAAGGUGUUGAUUUUGUGUUGAAUUCCUUAUCAGAAGAAAAGUUGAUUGCGUCAGUACCUUGUCUUGGUAAGUCCGUACACUUUUUGGAAAUUGGAAAAUUUGACAUGGCUAACGACAAAAAGAUUGGAUUGGGAUGCUUUUUAAAAGAAAUUACUUUCCAUGCUGUUCUUGCGGAUAGUCUUCUUGUGGCUCCUGAUGAAGAUAUUUGGCAUUUGAAAACCCUUAUUGAUUCAGAUAUUUCGAAUGGAAUUAUUCAACCAUUACCGGUUAAAGUGUUUUCGGCUCAUGAAAUCGAAAAGGCUUUUAGACAUUUGAUCGGUGGCAAGCACAUUGGAAAAGUUGUUAUUCAAGUUCGUGAACACCCGGAUGAUCCAGCUACUUUACCUGUACGGGUGCUUAGUCAAAUUUACUUUAAGCAUAAUCUUACAUAUGUCAUCAUUGGUGGCUUGGGAGGCUUUGGAAUGGAACUGGCUGAUUGGAUGGCUUUGCGUGGUGCUCGGAAUCUUGUACUUAGCUCUAGAUAUGGAGUAACAAAAGACUAUCAAUCAUACCGAAUUGCGCUAUGGAAAACGUAUGGCUGCCAAAUCGCUGUUAGCACCGCAGAUAUAACUUCAAAAGAUGGAUGCCGUCAACUGCUUUCUGAAGCUGUUUUAUUGGGACCAGUGGGUGGAAUUUUUAAUUUGGGAGUUGUGUUAAGGGAUAGCUUUUUUUCCAACCAAAAUUGUAAUCAAUUUUUGGAAAGUUUUGCACCAAAAGCUAUUGCUACAAAACAUCUUGACGAGAUAUCUCAAGUGCGAGGAAAUGUAGGCCAAACCAACUAUGGAAUGGCUAACUCUGUAAUGGAACGUAUCAUUGAGUAUCGCAACAGAGACGGUUUGCCAGGUAAAGCUAUUCAAUGGGGUGCAGUUUGUGAAGUGGGUUUAGUGGCCGAUAUGGCAGAAGACAAAAUUGAUAUGGAAAUAGGAGGAACCCUUCAGCAAAGAAUUUCAUCUUGUAUUCAGGAACUGGAUCAUUUACUAAGUGCUGAAGCAUCGAUAGUUUCCAGCAUGGUUGUCGCUGAAAAAAAGACAGGUCGUUCUGGAAAUGAAAGUAUUAUUGAUGCUGUCAUGAAUAUUAUGGGAAUACGGGACUUAAAGUCAGUUUCCUUAGGUACAACACUAUCAGAAAUAAGUAUGGACUCAUUGAUGGCUGUUGAAAUCAAGCAAACCCUAGAGCGGCACUUUGAGUUAAUUUUAUCUCCACAAGAUUUACGUUUGCUCACUUUCCAAAAACUUCAAGAGUUCAUUGAGGCCAAGGAAAAAGAGAAUACUAAUGAAAUUAAAAUGAUAUUUGCUUCAGAUAGUAAGCUUUUAGGAAUGGAUUCACUGAUUCGAAACUUAGGCGAUGAAACAAAUUGUGAUCGAAUAAUAAUUCCACUCAAGACCCCAGCAGCUCCUUCAAAACAGAGUCUUUUACCAAAUAUAUUAAUACCGGAAUUAGAAGGAACAGCUGGCCGCGCAUGGUACCAAAUAGGCUCGGGCUUGCAAAGUAGGGCUAUUGUCUUACAGCUCCAUUAGUUCGCGCAUUUGGAAAAUUUAACUGAUUUAGCGCAACAAUGCUUUGAACAUGUAAAACUUAUUUUAAAGCAAACUGAACCUUUUUAUGUGAUUGGAUAUUCAUAUGGAACUUUUGUAGCUUUACAACUAGCUGAGUUGCUUGAAAAUUCCGGGUUCCGAGGACAUGUAAUGUUGUUAGAUGGAGCACCUCAUUUUUUAAAAAGUCUUACUAAUCUGCAUUUGGGAGAAAGCUUUUCGGAUAACGACCUUUAUGACCUGCUUUUCACUAGUAUUGUAAAUCAGAUAUUUCCCGAAGAAACUAAAGAAUUAACAUCUGAAGUUUUUCACAAAGUUGACACCCUGUCAGAAAAAAUGUGUUUGUUCAUGGACUAUGUUGAAAACCAAAACAUAUACAGCAAAGAAUACUCUGUAACAAUGAUAGACGCUAUGGUUAAAAGAGUUAAAAUGGCCGCUUCCUUUGAUUUGGAUAGUAUAAGAAAAAUUAAAUCACCAAUUACACUAGUCCGUCCGGCGGAGGUUUCACUGCAAGAUAUUGAUGAAGACUAUUGCAUAUCUUUACUGACAUCUGGUAAAGUAACGCUCAAAGUUAUUGAGGGAAAUCAUACGACUAUGUUGGACAAUCCAUCAUUAAGCCAGAUCAUAAAUGACUUUGAUCCAGCUCUGUUAGAAGACAAAAAUUUUGAAGAAUAUAUUAGUGUUGUAAUUUAGCUUGAGUAGUGAAUA